GCGUGCAAAGAGCCGCCGGAGACGAGAGACGCGAGGCUUUAUAAAUCGCGAAGAUGCACGUCGAAGCAGUGACACCUCGACCGACGACGGUGAAAAACGCGCGAUCACGACCGACCGUGAAUGACGAACGCAUUUUUCACACUUAACGCUUGAGCAUCAAACUCCGCGGAUCGCUAUUAAAAAACGCGACGCGGAUGUUUCCAACGAGCGACAACGAAAAGUUUCCUGCCGAUGAUCGACAACCGUUCGCGUCGUACUUUUCUCGCGAGAAGCUGUGAAAGACUUUUUUUUCUUCCUCUCGGCAGAGAAGUUGAGAGUUCGACCCGAGGAAUAAUUCGAUCGCGAUUAAUUUACUUCUCAAGUUUCCUCUCCGCUUUACGAAUCUCGAUCUGGUGUUUCGACGAACCGCAGUAACCGGGAUUCCGAAACGAAAGCUCUCGGGAGAGCCGUAUUUCAACUUCGUGAAAGUCAAGAAUCGACACUUCAGCGAACCAACAUAUCGCCUAUCAUAUUGCCGCGCCGUAACCGUAUAACGCCCGACCGUCCACGUCGAGCCCAUUCAGUCGAUUAGCUCCCCUAGAAACAGAUCGACCGGAACUCGCCACCCCGAAGAAGAUUGCGAGAUUCUUCGACGCGGCUGGCCGACGCGCUCCCGACUGCAGUCGCAUCGAUCGCUGCAAAUUGGAUUGCCGUUAAAACCGGGCGGCGGGGACUACCUUUAGAGCCGAACGGACUCGCGUUCAGUGCCGGAGGCGUCGACGCGGAGUUUCCGCAACGAGAGAGUAAAUUUCAGCGUCUUAGCUUGAGUAGUGCAUCGCGGGUUAAUACGCCGCGGGGAAAGCGUCGUUCUGUACUUGAAAUGCGCCAUAAACAAGCGUGACUGGAGAAACGUGAUCUACAGAGAAGUGCACGCGUGCGGCAAGUUGCGCUUGUACGGAUGAGAUUUGUUACCGGGGAGUCAGUAAGAAGAAUCACUCAGAGCCCAUUUUGACAAACCAUUCUCUCUCUAUUCUUAUCUAACAGAUGUGCUAGUGCGUAUUGGCCUGAAUUCGAUUGAUAUAUAGAAAAGGAUGCAGCCACGGGUGACAGUGGCUCUGGCCACGGUCUGGCUGACGGUGGCGGGUCUGGUAGGAGGAGCAGUCACUCUCCGCCUCUCCCACGAUCAAUACUCCCCCGCAACCCCGCGCCACAACGCCGGGGUUCAACGGGACCAGACCGGAGACUGGAGGGAUCGCGAACCGGCCGAGGAUCAACCGCUCGACCUUUGGAUCGGCUCGCGAAGGUCGAUCUCCGCGAAAGAAUCACCAGCUCGCGAUACGAAGUUUGUCGAACGAGAUUUUCCGUUUGAGAUGCCUCUGAAGGACAUUGUCUCGUCAAAGCGAGCCUACUCGCUUUCAGGUUGGCAAAGGUGGUUGCCGAAUAUCGCCGGUGUGGAAUUCGCGGCCGACAAAGUCGAUUACGGCUACGAGAUGCCGGAGACGCUUUCGCGCGAAGCAGUUGUACCCCCUUCAGACCUCUUGGACGACCCCUUUGUGGCAGACGACACGUUCCAGGAUCAAGGCCCGGGCUCAGUGGAGAUAUACAAGCUGGACUUAUCCAAAGAGAAGGCUCUGCUGACCGCAACCACACCAUCCACAAAUUCGCCGUCGAGAAACAAGAGCAAAGCGCCGAAGAAGACCGGCCACCUGAGCACAAAGACUAAGACAACGGAGAUCAAGUCGACGACGAUGAGCCCGAAAAUUCAUCACAGGCAAUCGAACUUCUUCGAGGAGCAGCGAACCGAGACGCCUUCGGUCAACAGAGAUUCCUUCGGCGACGGCGGCGUGCCGGAGCUACAGGUUGGAUGCGAGGGUCUCGAAGCGUUGUCGUCCCACAAGGCGAAAAGAUCGAUAGAUACGCCCGGCAACGAGAACGAGCAGGUAGCGACGUUAGACGCGCUGCUAGACGUGACGCCAGUGGCUCUUGAUCUCGAUUUCGUAUCGUACGAGGACAGUUACGAGGAGAUGGAUGAGCUAUUUAAGCUGAAGAAACUGGAAACCACCACGAGAGAAAAUAAGCCGAAGAGAGGCGACAUGGACGCCAGCUAUCUUAAUUCCGAUCAUCUGGAUGAACAUAAGCGACCGGACAAGCUACCGGUUCGAGGAGAUCUGGGCGAAUCCUCCAAGAAAUCUAGCCAACUGAAAAUCGGUGAAAACGAGCCGCAAAAGCCGACGGAUUCCGAAAUCAAGAAGCAUGAGGAGAUUAAAGCGAAGCGUAAGUCCGUUUCGUCGGAGGAUGAUGACGGCACCAGCAGGAAUCGCGGUCGACGGUUGCUGUGGCUGGCCGAGGCAAAUACCGAGGGAUUUGCGGACGGUAAAAGCGAGCGGAAGCGUACAAGGCGAUCGAUCGAUUGGGGCUACGGUGAGAACGAGGGUGUCGUGUCCAGCGACGAGCUGCAAACCUUGAGCCAACGUCGCAGGCAGCACGACGUACGGUAUCACCAAGACGUGUCUAGGAGACGUGACCAGUAUCAGAACGUCGUAAAUCCCGAGAUCGAUAAUAUGAGACGAGAGUACGAGAAGCAGCUUGAACAGAAGCGAAGGGAGGACGAAGAGCGACGGUCGCGAAUGCAACAGGGUGGUCGGAGCAGAUGGGAAGAGGAGAGGAGAAGAGACGAGAUGCAUAGAAGGCAGCAGGAAAAUUACAACAGGAGAGCGAAUCACAUUUCGACGUCUCGCGUGGACGACGAGGACACGCAGCAACGACAAAUAGAGGAACAGCAAACACAGGAACCGGAAUGGAAUCGUACGCUGGAAAUAGCUGGAAGAAAGGAGGAAGAGCAAAGACGGCGGGAGGAAGAAGAAAUGAGAAGGAGACAGCAUAACAGGUGGCAGGAGAGCACGAGAAGAACGCCGGAAUCCGUAACGCCAGUGAGCGACGAGGAAAGAAGACGACUUUACGACGAGCAGAUAAGGAGACAGGAGGAGGAACGGCAAAGACGAUUGCAAGAGGCAGAAGCUAGGAGGCAGGAGCAGUACAGAUCGCAGCAAGAAUCACAGAGGAAAAAAGACGAAGAGGAGAGGCGACGUCAAGAGGACUCCUUGAGGAACCUCUCCGAAAACGAUAAAAGAAGACUCGAAGAACAUCGUAGAGAAUCGGAAAGGAGGAGGCAAGAGGAGGAGGACGAGAGAAGGCGACAGCAAGCGCCAUCAAGCAUGAUACGUCCGGGGUCUCGAAUGAGUAAUUCGAACGAUAUCAGACAGCGCGAUCGCGACGAGGAAAGAGCGCGCGCGCAAGAGCAAGAGGAGAGACGGCGAGAGCAGAAGUUGCGCGAAUACAUCGCGCGGAAUCGACCUAUCAAUGUCAAUCAAACCGCGAGAAGAUCGGAGGAGGAGAGACGGACCAAUCGACCCGAAGAGAGCCGAGAUCGGCGAGUGAGCGCGAACAGAAAUGAUGAAGAAUACCGUCGGCGAGCGGAGGAGCAGCGCAGGAGGCAGGACGAGGAGCGGAAGCUGCAGGAUUACAUCAGGCGGAAUCAACCGGUGAAUGUGCCGUCGAGGAGCAAUCAAUCGACCGCAACCGACCGUAACUUGUUCGAAGAGCGAAGACUGAUCGAGGAGGCCAGGCGCCGCGACAGGUAUCCCGAUCCAGGAGCGAGGAGACAGCACGGGCCGUCGGCGUCGACGUAUAUCGAUCCGCGAAGCUCACCGGAGGAAGUCAGACAGAGGCAGCAGGAGACGGCGAGGAGGCUAGAGGAGGAGAGGCGGCAGAGGUACGAGGCGGAAGAGCGGCGGAAGGAACUCGCCAGGCGACAGCGGGAGAAGGAGGAGGAGAGGCGGCUGCGGGAGGAACGGAUGCGGAAAGAGGCGGCUAGGCGAGAAGAGGAGGCGAGAAGGGAGCAAUCCAGGAGAUACGAGGAGGAUAGGAAGCGGCAGGAGGAGGCGAGGUUGGAUGCUCUGCAAAGGCGGCAGGAGAGACGAAGGGAAGAAGCGAGAAUUUUAGCUAAAGAAACGAGACAGCCGGAAGCCACAAGGCCGACCUACUACGAAAACCCUCGUCUUUUGGCGGAACACAGAAGGCGGCAGGAUAGCCGACCGAUUCCGAACAAUUUAGUGCGGAACCAAGAGGACAGAAGAAUAGCGGCUGAACGCGAGAGACAAAGGCAGGAGACUGAGAGACGACGGCAGGAAGAGAGAAUGAGAGAGGACAGACGGAAGGAGACCGACCCGUGGAGACGACAGGAAGUAGCCAGACUAAACUCUCUACCAGUGAGCGCAAGGAUAAUAGUUCGUCCUAGCGGCUCCUCACGGCCCGUUUCGCCGGCAGUGAUGCCGAGGACCGGCUUUGACAACGAGAUCGAUUUCACGGGGAUCAAUCCGCAUCGCGAAGGCGUAAAAGUGCCGCAAUUCCCCGCUCCCCCCACCCGGAGACCACCCGCUCAAAGUCCCGGACCGUGUGUCUGGGCAGUUGUUCAAUGUUGUUCGAGCAACAACGAUCGUCUUGUAAAGUGUUUCGAAUCGAUGGGUUGUCCCGGGAUUAAUUGGGAUCCUAAUCCGUGCAGAAGUUCAGUCGCGAAUGCUGCUAGAAUGGAAGUCACGAAGUUCUACGAAAACCAAUAACAUCGGUAAGAUUUGCCCUUCGCUCUUCGGAGAGAAAUGCCAAGUAGACAGAGAAAGGAAAAGGCUCUCUUUAGAACUCUCUAUUCUAAUCUGACGGAAGAUUGCACAGAAAGUUUACUACGAAUCAAUUUUGUGCGUGGGUGCAACUCCUAUCGGCACUGUACAAAUAUUAGUGUUGCUGGAUGGAAGCUCAGUAAGCAGACUUAGAUGUUUGCGAAACAAACGAUCCUGUUUCUCGCCGCGACAUCGACAGUUAUUUUUAAUAAACCGGAACUGAGCAAAGAACCAUGUAGAAACAACAUGAGUUUUGAUAAUAUAAAUAAAUGUGUUUUACGAAGAACGCGGAAAUUUAGCAGUAUUUUUACAUUCAAAAAUUCAACUUCACAAAAUAAAAGAACAUUAAAGCAAAUUAAAUACACAUAUAGAUUAAAAUAUUAAUAAUUCUACUUAAUUGGGAAAUAAUUGAAUAAUUAAUAAUAAAGUUGCACAAAUUUUAAAACAUCUUUCUGAACAGUUGACAUAAAUGUGCUGAAAAAUAUUAUUAUUAUAUAAAAAGUGUGCAAAUAAAAGGACUAAGCAUAAAUAUCGUUCUAAAUUUUGCAACUUUUACAUUCAGCAACAUAAAUAUUUGUAAUUUUUUAAUAUCUGUAACUUUUUCUAUAGAAAGAUAAAAAAAUUCAUAAAUUUAUAUCUUGAAAGAAGUAAUUUCAAGCAAGAAGCGAAGAUUAUAAUUGAUAAGCCAAAUAAAAUUCACAUUAACUACCUUUGAUGUGCUAAGUAAUCGUGUAACAUAGCAUAUAAAAAGUAUAUAUGCGUAUAUAACGUACUAUAUAUCUAAAGAAAGCAAUUAUUUUAUUAUAAUAAUUGCGAACUAAAACAAUAUUUUUCUAUUUGCUUAUUUCAGCGACAGUGCGCAUAAGAUGAAUAUAUGUAGUAUAACUAAUAAUUAACAAUAGUUUAAUCUAGGAGACAUUUAAAAGUUUAAACUUUUAAAAUGUGGCAAGCAGUAUUUGUCUUAAUGUCAGAAAUUGAUGUAUUUCGUAGAUUAAUAAGCAAUUAGUCUUUAAUGUCGAUCAGUGGCCAACAUCGUGGCGCUGCCUCGCGUAGCAUGUAAACUUACUUGUAGUAAAAUUAGAAAAAAAAAAGAAGAUAAAAAGAACUUGAUAUUGUUGUCGUUGACACGUUUGCAUGGAUAAACAUGGCAUGCAGAAGCGAGCGCGAAUUUAAUUACUGUAAAUUUUUUGUACGUAGCCAAGAUGAAUUAUAUUUUCGCAGCUUUCCCACAUGUGAUAUAGGAGGUAAGCUCUAAUGCGCUGUAACAUGACAAAUAUUUAUGUGAUGUACGUAAA